AUGAUUUACAUGGAGGCCGAAUCUCACUACGAAUCUUGGAGCGCCUUGCCCCUCUUUGAUCGCGUUGCGUCUCCCGAUCCCGCCAAGGACUUUGUCCCAGAUCUAAACGACUAUGAAUCACCAACAUUCGAAGUCGAUCUACUAUCAGAAACUUAUGACUUUGACAACUUCCCCACAUACUCUCUACCAACGGUGGAUUCAACCAAGACUUUGUUCCCUGAAGAACCACUUGUUUGCUUCGACUUUGACUUCGCGAACCCGGCUAUCGAGAAUUAUACAACCACAUCGUCGGGACUGUUGGAUGCUGUGCCAAGCCAGCUCAUUGCCCUUCCCAGCUUCAUACGACCAAGCAAAUGCCCAUUCCCUAGUUGCAAGUCGACCACAGUCUUUCAGAGCGGACGGGAUUUCAGGCGGCAUUACCGACAACACUUCAAGCGCUUUUUCUGUCGCUACUCAGAAUGCCCUCAGUCAGCUCAAGACCUACAAGAAGUCGGCACCAAAGGCUUUGCGACUCGCAAGGACCGUGCUCGCCAUGAAUCUAAGCACAAACCAACAGUGCGGUGCCCUUGGCAAGACCAGGAAGGACAACAAUGUCUGAGGGUCUUUAGCAGGGUGGAUAACAUGCGAGAUCACUACAGGCGGAUACACAAGAGUUGA